AUGCCGUACGUAGAGCGAGAUGCCCCGGUCGAAAGCGACACACCACUUAAACAUCAACAAUCGAUAACAUCAGAAAUCGGAAGAGCAAUGGUGCCAAUGUGGGACAGUUCCGAUCCAGAUCGUGCACCUCCACCUCUGCCUAUGAAUCCUUCAUCACCUAGUCUGGCUUCGCGUUCCAAAGCUUUAGGUACAAUCCAAUCUGCGCACGCAGCUCUAGCUGAAAAGACCCGAGAAUCCAUUUAUGUGACGAAUCCCCACCCCCAACGGAUUGAACCAUCUCCAGAGCGAUUGUUAAUUAAGGAAGCCGCUCACAAAAGAAUAAAGUCUCUACAACAUGGAGUCAGGGAACGUGGUAAAAUUUUGGAAGGAUCUGGGGCUUCUAGUAUUUCUAGAUCCCCAUCCCGCUCUCCAGAUAAAAACACCAAUAAAUCUGGACCUUUGCUCGCCAGCAAAGAAAUGUAUUCCGAAAAUAAAUCACCAGAAAAAGAAAUGCGAAAUCUUCUUGAAGUCAAGGUCCCUGAACGAAUGAUAGAACAUGAUUCAAUGCUCAGGAUAGAAGACGGAUCGACCGCGAAAGAGUCAGAAGUUUCGUUUGAAGCAAGAUACUUAGGGACAAAAAACACAACAGGAAAAGGUUCCAAAAAAGAUGAUUCAAGCUGCCCUUUCUCGCCCACGCCCUUCUCAGACAUGUCUAGCCGAGAAUUUCCCAAGAUGCGACUCCCACUGAGGAAACCACCGCAAAGUAUAUUGGGUGAAAAUAUACCACCCCAAUCAGCUACAAUGUUAGCCCUCCAGUCUAUGGCUAACAAGAACUCGAAUGAUCCAUCCGUAUCAAAUGUUAUCAAUGGCUCCACUGCACUUGUCCGUUCACCUCAAACGAUCGAUGCAAUAUCAAAUCAGAUUCUCAGUCUCACAAGCAUUGCGACCAGCCUUCAACGAGAAAUGGCGCAGCUAAGCCGGCGUAGUAAGGAUAAUGCAACUGAUCUCGUUAGUCUCAAAGAAGCCACAAACGCUCGCGAUGAAGAUAUAAGGAAGAGUCUCCGAGAACUUGUUCAAAAUCUUAACUUAGCUGGCUCCAGUCUAUCCAAUAGUAGUCAAACAUCUGGAGGGCUUUAUCUAGAUAAUAAGGCUCAUAACUCCCCAGUUUCAAAAGGGACAAAAGCUUUUUCCCUUCCUCGGAUGCCUAGUCCAUCUAGUUUCUCAGCAUCAUUGGAUAGGGAAUCAGUAGUAAGUCCAGCAUCGUUUGUUGCAGAAGGUGUUGCAAUCAUUGCCCUUCUUGAAAAAGUGCUGAGGGAAAUGGGCACUAAAGAGGGGCAGACAAACUUACUCUCUAACUUGUCGGAACUAGCUAGUCAUCUUAAUCGUGAUGAGAGUUCAACUUCGAAAAAGGUCGACGAACUAAUCAAUUUCUUGAAAGAAACUUCUAUUGAUACGCUCGUCUCCUCAGAUAAAGCUAUGAAAAAUGGCCGGCAAUCUCGUUCCCAUAGUUUUGAUCGAGCCUCAAGGCUAGAAUUAGACUCAGAAAAUCAUAACUAUCUCCCACAGACCUCACAUUCUUUAAUAAGCUCUUCCCAAGAAAAGGGCGAGGGCUUUCGUGAGUCUAAACAAGUACUGUCUCCCAGAAUUGUUAACGAAAAUAUCAUGGGAGUUAUCAGAACUAUCAAAGAUAGCGUUACUCAGGGAGGAGGGUUAACCGCCGAAGUUAAAGCGCUCGUCCGGGAGCUACGAGGCGAAGUUUUAGGAAUGGGUCGUGAAAUUGGAAGAAAGCUCGACGAAGUAAAUGAAGAGUCGGCAAAAGCAGCAGCCUCAGAAAAAGAUCACGUCGCGCGGCUCGUUAGAAAUGGCCUUGAAGAUUUAAAAACACAUUUGGACCAGAUCCUUCGCGAACAUAAGCGACAAUCUGCCUCAAUAUUUGCUUCAAAGACUGUGAUUGAUUAUAAACAAGUCUACAAUGCUGUUCGAAGCGCAAUCAACGAGCAAGAUCAAUUUCGAAACCAAAGGUUGGAAAAAGACGAUAUUUUAGAUGCGAUUAAAGAUGCCUGGGAAAAUUAUAAGCCCGAAAUUGAAGUUCAACAGUUCGGUCUUGAGAGAAGCGAAUUGCUAGAGUGCUUGAAGGAGGGUAUACAAACAUAUGCCCCCCAAAAUUAUACGCCUUCGGUAUCAGGCGCCACAAGCGAAGAAGUGUAUGAAGCCGUUGCUAAAGGCCUACAACAUUUUUCGCCACCCAGAAUUGAAAAUGAAACUAGUCUUACUCGUGAAGAGGUUCUCGAGGCCGUCAGGGAAUGCCUUGAAGAAUUUGAAUUCCCCUCAGCCCCGAAUAACGAAAAUAAUCAAAUUACACUAACUCGCGAAGAUAUGCUUGAUGCUGUGAGGGAGGGCUUACAUUCUUUCGACUUUUCGGAAACAAAGAACUCGUUAUAUCGUGAUUGUAAAGGUGGCUCCGCUGACAGCAACCAAAAAAAUAUUAUUUGUGAUGGUGAGAAAAAUUUUAACACUUGUUCAAAUAUAUUUACAUCAGUCGAUGCUAACAAUUGUUAUUUUGGAAAUCUAGAUGAUCAUGAUGAUAGUACCAAAUCUCAACUUUUGGAUUCAUCAACCCUAGAAGCUUUUUCAGAGCAGAUAUCCGAAAAACUAAAUGAUAUAAUUGAAUCUAUUCAUCACGAAUUUCAAAUCAUGUCAAAAGAAGUGAGGCAAGAGGUUUGUGAUUCUGAAAUUACCACAAAUCAACUGCUACACAUCACUAGGGAUGGCUUCGAUAGUGUUCGCGCAGAUCUAGAGACGUAUAUCGAACGAGCUUCUGGCAAUGAGGCUGAAAACUCAAUGCUAACAUCGAUGGCGAGAGACCUUGAUAUACUUCGCGAAGAGGUAUAUAAGCUAUCUUCCAAGGAUUCGUCAAAUCUACUUGAAGUAGUCCAUAUGGGGGUUGAAAGCAUAUGCGAGGCUUUACCUUCAUUUAAUGGCCAUGGCAACUUUUCAGAGAGCUAUGAUCUCAUAAAAUCGCUAAAGCUAGAUAUUGAAAAGAUUAAGGACGAUCUAGGAUGCUUGGAGUCUGAUAAAAAUGAAAUACUCAAGUCGAUUCAAAAUGGCCUUGAAAGUGUGAAGUAUGCUGUCUCAUCUUCCUUAGCCCCUACAGCUGUAAAUGAUAGAACCUUAAUUCUCUCAACAAUCAGAGAAGGCUUUGAUGAAAUCAGAGACAAUGUAUCAAGCCCCAUUCAAUCUAUAGCUAGGCUUGAAUCUGAGGGAGCCAUGAUACUCCUUAAAGAUGGGCUCGAAACUGUCGAAAGUAAUCUCGCUACUUCCCUCAAGAAUGGACAAGAAAUAGAUAAAGAAGAAAUUCUUAAUGCUCUCCAAAUUGGAUUUGAAGGAAUAAAGUCGACAUUGUCAAGCUCUCUCGUCCCCAGCACCAUUACGGAGAAAGAAGAAAUCAUUUUCACCCUCAGAGAUGCAGCUGAGAGCGUAAGAGAGAUGAUGUCUACAUCUUUAAUUUCUACAUCUGGUUCUGAUAAAAACGAGAUAAUUAUGGCUUUCAAGGACGGGUUUGAAAGCAUCCGAGGGCCUAUCACAAUCUUAUCAAACGCUGAUACUUGUGUUGAGAACAAAGAAGUACUGGACUACAUUAAAGAAAAUAUUGAAAUCGUGAAGGAAAGGAUUCUUAGCUCUCCCUUGAUAAAUGAUCAAACUGAUAAUAGUGUUAUAAUAGACGCUAUUAAAGAUGCAGUUAUCUGCGUCAAAGAUAUGAUUCUAACUUCUUCAAAUACUAGUUUGUCUCAUGAAAACCCCGAUAUAAUUCAAGCAAUUAAAGAAACCCUGGAAAGCGUAAGGGAAUCCACAUCAAACUCUAUUUCUUCAGAUGAGAAAAAAGAAAUAGGUGAGAUUCGUGAAGCUCUUCAAAGUAGCCUUGAAAACAUCAGGGAAAUUCAAUCCCAAUUCCUCUUCCACAGUAGCGAUGUCGAAAGAAAGGAGACACUUCAAGUCUUCAAACAUACUGUAGAGAACGCUGAAGAAUCAAUAAAAACUGCUAUAGUGUCGGAGAAUAAUACCUCGAAGAAUGAAAUUGUUAGUGCCCUAAAAGAAGUAAUGGAAAGUGCGCAGCAUAAACAGUCAUCUUUAGUUUCAAGUAAUAGUUCUACAAAAGAUGAGAUUCUUGAUGCAAUUGUAGGGGGGUUUGAAAGCAUGAAGGAGACAAUAUCUGCGUCGUUAACCCCUAAUUUUGGUGCACAGAGAGAUGAGGUACUUGCCGCUUUAAAGGGUGAACUUGGUAGCAUGAAGGAAGCAAUGUCUCUCGUGCCUGGUAGUAAUGCCGAAAAGCAAGAAAUCCUUGACGCAUUUAUGGGAGGAUUUGAGAGCAUGAAAGAAUCUGUAUCAACAUCGUUGGUCUCUACAUCUAAUGCUGAAAAAGAAGAGAUAUUGACCGCAUUGAAAAGUGAACUUGGCAACUUGAAAGAAGCCAUGUCAGUCUCUCUCUCACCAGGCGGUAAUAGCGAAAAGCAAGAAAUUCUCGACGCAAUUGUGGGGGGAUUUGAAAGUAUGAAAGAGACAGCUUCAACAUCACUAGCCUCGACUACUGAUGCGCAGAAAGAUGAAAUACGUGCGACUUUGAAAAGCGAACUUGAUGGCAUGAAAGAGGCUAUGUCAAAAUCUCUAAUUUCUAGCUCAAUAAUAAAUAAGGAGGAAAUUGCAAACUCUAUUAAGGAAGCCAUCGACAGUAUCAAAGAAAAUACCUCCAAUUCGUUAAUUUCAACCUCAAGUGCCGAAAAAGAAGAAUUAUUAACCUCUCUUAAAGAUGGAGCUGAAAAAAUGAAAGAAGCCAUUUUAGCUACUUCUGUGUCAAGCAACAGCAAUGAAAUUAGCGAAAUAUUGCAUGCCCUGAAACUUGGACUUCACGAAAUCAAUGAAAAUUUGUCUUGCUCUAAAUUGUCUGACUUUGAUAGCCAAAAAAAGGAAAUUCUGGUUGCCCUCAAAGAUUCCGCAGAAAGUGUCGGAGAAAUCAUGAAAACUUCCUUUGCGUCGGGCUUCAAUGUGGAAAAAGAUGCAAUUUCCGACGCACUGAAAAUUGGUAUUGAAGAUAUUAAGCAAACAAUAGCUUGUGCUUCAGCAAGUGAUACUAGCAACAAAGAAAUUGAGAUCCUCCGAGUGGUAAAGGACGGCUUCGAAGAAGUCAAAAGUGUAGUCAAAUCUACAUCUCUGCUCAAUACCAGCUCUAGUGUUGAUCAAAUUAAACAAAUGAUCGAAGAUGCUCUCGAAAACCCAAGGCAAACGACGCCAUACGCCAUAAAUCCAACUCAAAAUAAUGAAAAAGCAGAAAUUCUUGUAACUUUCGAAAAGAGUCUCGAGGGUGUCAAAGAAAUAAUUUCCCAAUCACUUGGCCCUAACUUCGGUCCUGAAAAACAGGAAAUUCUCGAAGCAAUCGCAAGUGGAAUCGAAAAUAUAAAGGCGGCAAUAUCUAGCUCUAUUGUUUCGAAAACUAAUAAAAGCGACGAACAAUUCAUGAGUGUUCUAAGUAGCGCUGUGGAUAACAUUAAGGAGACCAUCAUAUCAACUGUAGUAUCAGAGUCUAACGCCUCAAAAGAUCACGUUCUCAAUACUCUCAAAGAAGUAAUUGAGAGGACGAAUAAUACUAAGGAUAAUAUAUUGCCUAAAGGUAGUAAUGCCGAAAAGCAAGAAAUCCUUGACGCAUUUAUGGGAGGAUUUGAGAGCAUGAAAGAAUCUGUAUCAACAUCGUUGGUCUCUACAUCUAAUGCUGAAAAAGAAGAGAUAUUGACCGCAUUGAAAAGUGAACUUGGCAACUUGCAAGAAGCCAUGUCAGCUUCUCUUGUACCUUACUCAACCAUAAAUAAGGAUGAAGUAGCUAAUUCUAUAAAAGAAGCUAUUGACAGUGUCAAAGAAACUAUGUCAAACUCGCUAAUUUCAACUUCAAGUGCCGAAAAAGAGGAGUUACUUGCAACCUUCAAAGACGGGUUUGAGAAACUGAACGAAGUAAUGAAAGCAUCACUUGUUUCCGGCUCAACCAACAUCAAGCAAGAUAUACUCGAUGCACUCGUUGGUGGGCUAGAAAGCAUCAAGGAGACAUUGUCCACAUCACUUACUUCGACCUCGAGUACUCAAAAGGAGGAAAUACUCGCAUCUCUGAAGGAAGAAAUUGAAGGAAUGAAGGAAGCAAUAAUAACUUCCCUAGUGCCGAAUAUAGCCCUCGAAAAGGACGAGAUAAAAAAUUCUGUGAGAGAAGCCAUCGAAAACGCAAAAGAGACAAUGUCGACCUCGUUGGUUUCGACUUCAAGCAACGAGAAGGAAGAAUUAUUUGCAGCCUUGAAAAGCGAACUUGAUGGCAUUAAAGAGGCUAUGUCAACAUCUCUCGUACCUAGCUCAAUGACAAACAAGGAGGAAAUCGCAAACUCUGUAAAAGAAGCCAUCGAAAGUAUCAAGGAGACUUUGUCGGCCUCUUUGGUCUCGACCUCAAGUGCUGAAAAGGAGGAUAUAGUUGCUGCUUUAAAGAGUGAACUAGGCAGUAUGAAGGAAGCAAUGACAAUGUCCCUCGUCCCUGGUAGUAAUGCCGAAAAGCAAGAAAUCCUUGACGCAUUUAUGGGAGGAUUUGAGAGCAUGAAAGAAUCUGUAUCAACAUCGUUGGUCUCUACAUCUAAUGCUGAAAAAGAAGAGAUAUUGACCGCAUUGAAAAGUGAACUUGGCAACUUGAAAGAAGCCAUGUCAGUCUCUCUCUCACCAGGCGGUAAUAGCGAAAAGCAAGAAAUUCUCGACGCAAUUGUGGGGGGAUUUGAAAGUAUGAAAGAGACAGCUUCAACAUCACUAGCCUCGACUACUGAUGCGCAGAAAGAUGAAAUACGUGCGACUUUGAAAAGCGAACUUGAUGGCAUUAAAGAGGCUAUGUCAACAUCUCUCGUACCUAGCUCAAUGACAAACAAGGAGGAAAUCGCAAACUCUGUAAAAGAAGCCAUCGAAAGUAUCAAGGAGACUUUGUCGGCCUCUUUGGUCUCGACCUCAAGUGCUGAAAAGGAGGAUAUAGUUGCUGCUUUAAAGAGUGAACUAGGCAGUAUGAAGGAAGCAAUGACAAUGUCCCUCGUCCCUGGUAGUAAUGCCGAAAAGCAAGAAAUCCUUGACGCAUUUAUGGGAGGAUUUGAGAGCAUGAAAGAAUCUGUAUCAACAUCGUUGGUCUCUACAUCUAAUGCUGAAAAAGAAGAGAUAUUGACCGCAUUGAAAAGUGAACUUGGCAACUUGAAAGAAGCCAUGUCAGUCUCUCUCUCACCAGGCGGUAAUAGCGAAAAGCAAGAAAUUCUCGACGCAAUUGUGGGGGGAUUUGAAAGUAUGAAAGAGACAGCUUCAACAUCACUAGCCUCGACUACUGAUGCGCAGAAAGAUGAAAUACGUGCGACUUUGAAAAGCGAACUUGAUGGCAUUAAAGAGGCUAUGUCAACAUCUCUCGUACCUAGCUCAAUGACAAACAAGGAGGAAAUCGCAAACUCUAUAAAAGAAGCCAUCGAAAGUAUCAAGGAGACUUUGUCGGCCUCUUUGGUCUCGACCUCAAGUGCUGAAAAAGAGGAGAUACUUUCGGCACUGAAAGAUGGGUUUGAGAAUAUACGAGAAGUGACCUUAAACUCUCCAUCCGUAAAUGAUGAUAUUGCAAAGCAAGAUAUACUCGAUGCACUCGUUGGUGGGCUAGAAAGCAUCAAGGAGACAUUGUCCACAUCACUUACUUCGACCUCGAGUACUCAAAAGGAGGAAAUACUCGCAUCUCUGAAGGAAGAAAUUGAAGGAAUGAAGGAAGCAAUAAUAACUUCCCUAGUGCCGAAUAUAGCCCUCGAAAAGGACGAGAUAAAAAAUUCUGUGAGAGAAGCCAUCGAAAACGCAAAAGAGACAAUGUCGACCUCGUUGGUUUCGACUUCAAGCAACGAGAAGGAAGAAUUAUUUGCAGCCUUGAAAAGCGAACUUGAUGGCAUUAAAGAGGCUAUGUCAACAUCUCUCGUACCUAGCUCAAUGACAAACAAGGAGGAAAUCGCAAACUCUAUAAAAGAAGCCAUCGAAAGUAUCAAGGAGACUUUGUCGGCCUCUUUGGUCUCGACCUCAAGUGCUGAAAAAGAGGAGAUACUUUCGGCACUGAAAGAUGGGUUUGAGAAUAUACGAGAAGUGACCUUAAACUCUCCAUCCGUAAAUGAUGAUAUUGCAAAGCAAGAUAUACUCGAUGCACUCGUUGGUGGGCUAGAAAGCAUCAAGGAGACAUUGUCCACAUCACUUACUUCGACCUCGAGUACUCAAAAGGAGGAAAUACUCGCAUCUCUGAAGGAAGAAAUUGAAGGAAUGAAGGAAGCAAUAAUAACUUCCCUAGUGCCGAAUAUAGCCCUCGAAAAGGACGAGAUAAAAAAUUCUGUGAGAGAAGCCAUCGAAAACGCAAAAGAGACAAUGUCGACCUCGUUGGUUUCGACUUCAAGCAUCGAGAAGGAAGAAAUACUUAUGGCUUUGAACAAUGGUUUCGACUGUAUCAGAGAUAUGUUGUCAAAAUCUCUGGUUCCCAGCGGUAAUAUUGAAAAGCAAGAAAUUCUCGAUGCAUUCGUUGGAGGAUUCGAGAGUAUGAAAGACUUAGUAUCUACGUCUCAAAAACCAGAAACCGAUGGGGAGGGAGAAGAUCUACGCGAAGCUUUGAAAACUGGAUUUGAAGGCAUGCGAGAGUUGGUAUCAUCUACCCUAAUAUCAAACUCAAUAAUAAACAAGGACGAUUUUAUUACUUCUGAGAAAGGGAAUAUUGAAAGUAUGAAGGAUACAAUAGCAGCAUCUCUUGCUUCUGAGCUCGACGCCCACAAAGUGGUGUUAUUAUCCACUUUAAAUGAUGGGUUUGUCAGCAUCAAAGAAACGUUAAACGCUUCAUUAACACCAAUCAUAGCCACGGAGAAGCAGGAAAUAAUGAGUUCUCUCAUGGAAGGUCUAGAAAGUACGAAAGAAUCCCUGAUAGCUUCUAUUAUUUCAAAUACCAGCGAUGAUAGAGCGAAUACGGAAAAAGAUUUAUUGAAAAAGCUUGAGAUAAUGAAGGAGUCAUAUUCCACAUCAAUGACUCCUAUGUUUGAUUCCCAUAAAGAGGAAGUUCUUGACGCUCUAGUCGGGGGAUUUGAAAGUGUGAAAGAUUCAAUUUCAGGGCCCCUCACAUCCACUAUCAGUAUGGAUAAGGAUGAAAUAAUAAGUGCUCUAAAUGACGGCUUCAAAGCUUUGAAAGAGUCAACAAUAGCUCCUGCUGCUCCCACCUUGGGUAUUGAUAAAGAAGAAAUAACCAAUUCUAUAAAAGAUGCACUAGAGAGUGUGAAGGACGCUUUAUCAGGAAGUAACAAAAUUGGCGCGAUUAAUGAUAAGGACCAGAUCCUUGAGGCCCUCCAUGAGGGAUUCAACAACGUUAAGGAGACCAUGGCAAGUUAUCCAGCAUCUUCAUCGAAUACCGACAAAAAAACAAUCACAGACGAAGUCAAAGAGGCACUUGAUAGUAUGAGACAGAAUAUUUCGGGAACCCUUACCCCUGAAGCUGGCAAUAAAAAAGAUGAAAUUAUUGAAGCCCUCAACGAAGGUUUCAAUAGCAUGAAAGAAACGAUUUCAGUUUGUCAUAUCCCCACUAGUGUAUCAGAAAAGGAAGAGAUCAUUGACGCAAUCGUUGGAGGGUUGGAAAGCUUGAAUGGGACUUUUACCACCACUCUAGAAUCUCGUAACGUCACUAGUACGACUGAGGUACUCGAGGUUUUAAAUAACGGUCUUGAGGAUAUUAAAAGAACCAUAAGUAGCUCACUCUCUACACUCAACGGUAUUGGAAAAGAUCAAAUAUUAACUACUGCUAAUGAUGAAAUGCCAAAUUUCAGAGAAGGUGAUUUACUUCAAGUGGCUCGCAAUAAUGAUGUAAUCGAUUCUGGUAUAGAUUUCAAUACCCUACUGGAUAGUAUUACUGGUAUAAGAACAGAGAUGGAAAACUUUGCCCAGAAACCGAUAGGACUGACUGAUGUUGCACUUGGUCAAGAAGUUCUCGAUACGCUGAGGACAGGACUCGAAAAUAUCAAAGUUGAAAUUAAAAAUAUGAGAGAAGAAGCUUGUGUCAAAGACUCUAUCACUGAAGGUUGCAAUAAAUCAAUGAUCGCUGCUGAACCUUUGCGACGUUCUGAUAUUGAUAAGUUAGAGACGAUACUUGACCAAAUUGGCAUAAAAGUUGAGGCUCUGAUGACAAAACCUUCACCAUCUCAUUCGCAAUCCCAAACUGAAUCUGAAUUACUCUCUAAGUCAGAUAUGACCGAAAUUGAGAUAUUGAUCGAAAACAUUAAGAGCUUAAUGACAAAUCUAGAAUUACACAGCCAAGCACCUGAGAAAGAUGAUGUUAUCAAAGAAGAUCUUGAAGCAAUCAUGACCCUCCUGAAAAAGACAAAUUCCAGGCUUGGCAGUAGAUAUCCGGAGGGCCUUGUCAAAGAAGACCUUGGUCCUCUAGAUCUUCAAAUUGAUCAAAUACGUGACUCAAUUGGCUCACUAGCAAUUCAACUAGAAGAUAUCACCUUGAGCACAGACUUUAAAGCUUUUGAAUCUAACAUUUGUAAAAUUUUAUCAAGCAUCGACACUUUAAAUGAUUUUUUAAAAAAAGACAUCAGUAAUGGAGAGAAAGUGACCAAAAAUGAUGUCGAUGUAGUUGGUUCAAUUUGCUUGGAAACAAAAUCCGUAAUUGAUCAAAUUCUUGCAUCUGAACUUGCAUCCAUGGCAUCUAAGAAUGAUAUUAGUAAAUUGAAUGAUUUUAUUGUCGGUAUUAAGGAACAGUUCGGUACGCAUAAUGAAGCAAACGUCAAAUCUUUUGAGGAGCGAAGGACAGAAAUUAUUGGGGUUGGAGAGACAGUAAAUGCAAUAAAGUCGUUUCUAGAGGAGCUCAAAGAUAUGAUAAAAUUGGGACUAGAAAAUGAAGUGUCCAGCACAGAGAUCUAUGGGAAAGCUUUGGAGAACUUGGGAGAAACAAUUACUAAAAAUGCUAACAUCUCUGAUGAUGUCAAAGCCCUUUCUACAACCUUAAGUGAAGCAAUAGAAAAAACUAACGCUUUAGUUGCCGGUUCAAGAGCUGAAGUUGGCGAAAAAUUACUGGAAACCUGGGAAAAGUUGGACAGCAAAAUUGGUAAUAGUUUCGACGAACUAACAAGCAAAUGCGAAAAAGUAAAUGUUGUUGCUGAGAUUACAGCAAAAUAUACAGAAGAAAAAAAUGUAACGGUGGCUGCACUGCACGCAACUCAAGCAGCUGCCGAGGAUGUUAAAUUGCUCACACAUCAUUUGAGUACUACGGUCACUAAAUCUCUAGAAACUAUUGAUAAUUCUUCAAGAGAGACUUUCAAUCGUCUAAACGAAACCUACAAUAAGGUCGAUGAAAGCAUCGCUGAAAAUAAAAUUGAGAAAAAUUUUAUUCGUGAAGAUGUAGAGAAGGUCUACGGUGCAAUCGAGAAUGUAGGCGACGCUAUGAAAGAUCACAAUCCUAAAGUUCUUGACUCAAUUAAUAACUUGACUUUAACUGUUGACCAAUUAUAUGAGCACUCUAAGUCUUCAGCUGUCAGUUUUGAUGAGAAAACGGCAGUACUAGAAUCCUUACCAUCAAUGUUAGCGGAGAAGUACGACGAUACUGGCAUUCAUGAAAAACUUAAUCAACUCGUAGAGUUUAUGCAGAAUGCCAGAAAAUCAUUCUCACGACUUGAAACACUCGAUGAGAUCCAUGAAAAGGUGAUAAAAACUGCUGCUGAAGUAUCGGAAUAUUUCAACGCUCAAACUAAGUGUGCUUCGGAAGAAUUCGUCAGCCAGAAAGUAGCGUCAGCAGAAGCAACGAUUUCUCUUGAAACCCAACUUAUUCUCAAAGAUUCUGUUGAGGCGUCAGUUGUUGAGCUCCGCGAGGAGGAAUCUCGAUUAAAGAUGUCAAUCUCCCAGUUAAGAGCAGAGCAGGCUGAAUUUUGUACACAAAAAAUGCGACUUCAUGCUGAUGUGUCUAGUCUGGAGACAGCUCUGAGCAUUCGACGUGAAGAACUAUAUAUCAUUGAAUCAAGGGCAGAAAGCCUUGAACGUCGUAUUUUUGAAGGCUUGAUUGAUCACUCCCGGUCCCUUUCAAUACCAAAAAUAAACAAAGGUCGAGAAGCUAUGAGUCGAAAGCGAGUUCCAAGUCAUUCUAUACCAGUUCAAAGCCCUGAGAUAUCUCGAGCAUCUAAAAAUACAAAAAGUGCAUUAAAUAUGAAUAUGAAUAAUAGUCGUAAUAAAUUUGUCAAUAAUCAACCCUGCACUCCCAAGCGUAUUCUAUCUCUCAACCAAAUUACACCAAAUAUGGCUGACACUGGCUUUCAGCGCAGUCAUAGCGUCAAGGUCUCAGCAGGAAACCUGCGAAAAAGUAGCUGGAGCGGUACCACAGGUCAGAUACCUGGCCCCUUAAAUCGGGAUAAUCUUCAGAUUCAAGAGUGCGAGGAAGACUUAAUAAAUAUUUGUGAGGGUAGAAUGGAAGAAAACUUACGUAAAUGUAGUAUAGAUACUACUUUAGUAUCUGAAACGCAAAAUAAGUUUGAAGAGGUUGAUGUUAGUGUAGAUGUAAUCGGUCAGACGCCUAGUUUCGUAUCAGGAGACGAUGAAAUGGAAACAUUUGAAGUAAUAAACGCGAACAAUGUCGGGCUGCAAGUGCCGGCACCACGAGAGAUCGAAUCGUCUAAUGAAUUAACAACAUCUGAUGAGGUACCUGCAGCUAAUAUGCAGUGA